AUGGAACAAGAAAAUACCCAAAUUCGAAAAGUUUACGUGUUGCCAAUGAGAGAACACACAACAAUUUGUGACAACGUCUUUACAGAAAAACAAAGAUUGAAAAAUAAAAUGGCAACGCAGGCAAAAGUUUUGUUAAAUCUUUUUGGGGGAUUUGAUUGUAAAGAGGUCAGACUUGAUGCUUCUGAAAAUAAAUUUACAGCACAUCGCUAUAUUGUUCGAGAAGAUCUCAGCAGAGUGUAA